UAGCGAUGUGAUGAAUUGAAUGUGCAAGGAUUGCACAGAGUGAAACCACUGCAUCGUUUGCAGAAACGUGAUAGGCUCGGGAAGUGGCACGCUCGCAAACGCUGCGAGGCGUCUGUAAAGAAACAAGGGAAGUUAAGUUCCCGUAGGAAAAAUAAUUUCCUGGCGACGGAUUUCCCUCCCAGAGCCCAGACAUAACGGGGGGACGAGCGAUGGCUACAAUGCAGCGGUAGUGCGCUCGGCGCUGCGAUUUCAAGACGACAAAAGCAGAAGUGGAUGAUGAUAUCGCGGAUGUGGGUUAUAUCUUGAGAACAAGCAGGGGCCGCUCUCGAUACAGACUGCGGGGCGACUGCACAUCCAGCCCUGGCGUGGCGAUGAACCCAGAAGAGCAGACGGUGACCUGGCUCAUCUCUUUGGGGGUGCUGAAUUCGCCGAAGAAGAACAUCGCGGACCCGGAGGAAUUUCUGAAGGCGUCGUUGAGAGAUGGGGCGGUUCUCUGCAGGCUCAUGGAGAGGCUCCUGCCGGGCUCUGUGCAGAAGUACUGCCAGGAGCCGAGGACUGAAGCGGAUUGCCUGGCCAACAUCAGAGAGUUCUUAAAGGGAUGUGCCUCGCUGAAGAUUGAGGGUUUCGAACCAGAAAGCCUGUAUGCGGGGGAGAACUUUGGCAAGGUGCUGAAUGUGCUGCUGGCGGUCAACAUUGCCACCCAAGACCGAGUUGUAGAGAGGUCAUGCCAGCAGCCCGGCUAUCCAGCACCUAGCCAGUCUGCGAGCUCACUGAGUGCCUCCUCUUCCAGAACGACCAGGGCCCUGCGCAGGCAAUCCAAGAACGUGGAGAUGACGGAGAAUGGGGGCCAGCAGGUGGUGGUGGUGAAGGCGCGCUUCAACUUCAAGCAGAACAACGAGGACGAGCUGUCCUUCAGCAAGGGCGAUGUCAUCUGCGUGACGCGCAUGGAGGAGGGCGGCUGGUGGGAGGGCACGCUCAACGGCAAGACGGGCUGGUUCCCCAGCAACUACGUCCGGGAGGUCAAGCCCUCAGAUAAACCUCUGUCUCCCAAAGCUGUGAAGGGCUUUGAAGUGCCACAGCUGACCAAGAACUAUUACAGUGUGGUAGUGCAGGACAUACUUGACAAUGAACGGGAAUUUUCUAAAGAGCUGCAGACGCUCCUGAGCUGCUACCUUCGGCCCUUGCAGUCCAGUGACAAGCUGGCCCCUGCGGAUAGCUCUUGCCUGCUGGGAAACCUGGAGGAGAUCCUUGCCUUUCAGCAUGGUCUUUGUGUUGCUUUGGAGGAAUGCACAAAGUUGCCGGAGGGUCAGCAGAGGCUGGGGGCCUGUUACCUGAACCUCAUGUGUCAGAUCAAGACGCUGUAUCUAACCUACUGCUCCAACCACCCAUCUGCUGUCUGCGUGCUCACCGACCAUGGGGAGGAGCUGGACAAGUUCAUGGAAGGCCAGGGAGCCAGCAGCCCAGGGAUCCUCACCCUGACGACCAGCCUGAGCAAGCCCUUCAUGCGGCUGGAGAAGUACCCCACCCUGCUGCAGGAGCUGGAGAGACACGUGGAGGAGUCCCAUCCUGACUACAGUGACAUCCUGAAAGCGAUGCUGGCCUUUAAAAGCCUUGUGACGCAGUGCCAGGACCUGCGCAGGCGGAAGAACCUGGAGCUGCAGAUCCUGUCGGAGCCGGUGCGGGGCUGGGAGGGAGACACCAUGAAGGCGCUGGGUCCGGUGACCUACACCUCCCAGGUCAUGGUGCAGAGCGGAUCCAGCGAGGACAAGGAGGAGAGGUACUUCAUGCUGUUUCCCGGGGUGAUCGUGAUGCUGUUGGCCAGCCCUCGCAUGAGCGGAUUCAUCUACCAGGGAAGGUUGCCGUUGACCGGAUUGACAGUGGCCAAGCUGACGGAGGAAGCCGGCGAUGCAGGGCACCAUGCUUUUGAAAUCACAGGGAGCAUGAUCGAGCGCAUUACAGUAUAUUGCGCCAACCAGUCAGAGCUGCAGGAGUGGCUGGAGCAUUUGCACAGCUUCACAAAGGGAGGGAGCCCCGUGGGGACUAUUGCAAAGAAGAACCCAGAGGGCAAAUCCGGCCCUGCUCUUGGUACACCUUCCCACCAGACCUUGUCCCAGGGGUUCAGUGCUUCUGCCCCAAGCCGAGGACCCCUGGAACCCCCCAAAAUCCCCAAGCCCUGGUCUCUGAGCUGCCUGCGGCCUGCGCCCCCUCUCAAGCCCUCUGCUGCCCUGGGCUAUAAGGAGAGGAUGUCUUUUAACCCCAAGGACUCCAGCAAAAGCCCCAGAAACGUCAAGAAGUUUCUCCCGAAGCGGAAAACGGAAAGGAAGGCUUCCGAUGAGGAGUUUCUGCUGCGGAAAAGUACGGCGGCCCUGGAGGAGGAUGCUCAGAUCCUGAAGGUCAUCGAGGCGUACUGCACGGGGGCCAGCUUUCACCAAGGCAGUGGCUCGUUUUCUCGGAAAGAAUCUGUUCCGCAGGUCCUCCUGCCAGAGGAGGAGAAAAUAAUCGUUGAAGAGACCAAGAGCAAUGGGCAGACUGUCAUCGAGGAAAAAAGUCUUGUCGAUGCUGUGUAUGCUCUCAAGGACGAGGUCCAUGAAUUGAAGAAGGAGAAUAAGCGGAUGAAGCAGAGUCUGGAAGAGGAACAGAAGUCCCGGAAAGAGCUGGAGAGGCUUGUGUGGAAACUGGUGAAGCAGAAGAACGACUGCACCUGGGAGGACACCAGCCAUUGACUGACCCCCGCCCCCCCCCACUCUCUCCGUCUGCUUGGCUCCUGAAGGCUGCUGGCCGUUUCCAUGGAGUUGUGACUCCCAGACGAGCAUUUCAGCGAAGUCAGACUGGAGGGGAAGACGGCUUUCUGCUGGAUGUGGUCUCUGCAUUAAAGCACCUCGUGUUUUUUUUGUUUC